UUCAAACCGCCAGCCCUGGCGGAGCGGGACGCGACGUGGGGCCAACCUGGGGGCCCCCAACGCCUGCGGGGCUCCAUGCUUCUCCCCAGGGCUCUCUCCUGUGCUGUGCUGCUGCUGCUGCUCGCCACCGUGCUGGGCAGGGGCUGGAGGUGCAGCAUCGCCAGGAUCCUGCGGCAGUACCGAGCUGUCAUCUUCCACGAGAUCCAGAACCUGAAAAACCUGAGUGGGUCGGCAGAGAGGAGCAGUCGGGCUGGGCCAGUGUGCCGCUCUGACAAGGACCAGAGGAUCCUGCAGUCCAUCUACAACAUCAGCAUGUCUCUGCGGGACGUGGCGGGCGGUGCUCUGCGGGGCCCUGAGGAGGCAGCAGUGUGGAAGGUGGUCCGGGACACGGAGUUUGUGCUCAGGGAGAAUUGCCGGCGUAUUGGCAAGAGCCCCCCGCGCCCCUCACAGCAGCCACAGCGCAGGAGGCAGCAGCUGAAGGAGAUCUCACGGAAGGCACAGAGGCUGGCCACGUGCUGGGAGAAGCUCAACGUGUUGCACGCGGCCCCCCGGGACUCAUAGGGGACACCCCAACACCUCAUCCUCCAUCUGGGUUCAUGGCUGCUGGCAUCCUGCAUCGAACCCUGAGGUGAAUCGAAUCCCACAGCUGGCUCAGCAGAUACGGGCAGGUGCCCAGGUUGGCCCUCCUGGCCCAUAUGGUACCCAUGGACCACAUGUGGGGCACAACCCGAAACCUGGGGAAGAAGGGAUGAAGUGCAGAAAACUGAGAUGCAGUGAUUUCUGUGCUGCUCCUCACCCUGCAUCCCCUCCCCCUGCUGCCCUGUGAGGACACCAGCUGCUUUCCUGGGCAGAAAGAGGACAAUGUGAGCCACUGGGCUGAGAGUUCUGCUGGCACCGGAGUGCUGUGUAUCCGUGGGCAGAAGGAUGUGCAUCCCUAGUGAGUGUGGCUCUGGGACUGGGAGAGCUGCCCUGGGUCCCUGGCUGUGUGAUGGGGACCUGGGGGGUGCAGUGGGAUAAACAUCUGGGGAAUGGAGGGUCAGUGUGAGCACAGCUGGGAGGAACCCUUAGGGGAAGUGCAGCCCUAAAGGCUGUGCCCCAUCCCUUGGUUGGAGUAUGGGCUGUGCGAGACCAGAAAUAAAUUCUCUCC